GUGCACGCCAUAUUUUUAUUGCACAAGUAUUUUUUUUCUUUUUUUAACUUUAAUUGCACACGUAUGGACGUAACACUGUUGUUUGCCAAAUGACGGCCGGAGUAGUUACGGUGGUGGUGGUCGCCGAUUAGAAACCUGACUCCAACUUCCACCAACCAAUUCUCUCAAUCAUCGCAACAGGCGUCGAAUCCAUGUCUAUUUCUCCAACGAUCAAGGCACUUCUUUGAGGAGCAACCACAUAAUCCUCAUACCCAUUUGACAAUAUCAUAAUGAAAUCAGGUCAACAGGAAGAGGCGGAAGAAGAGGAUGAAGUCAUCGUUUCCAAGAGAGAAGGUCUCUCUUCCAAUAGUGAAGAUGAGAAGAACAGGAACAAGGCCAAUGCAGCACGGUCCAAGCAUUCAGUCACGGAGCAGCGCCGAAGGUGCAGGAUAAACGAGAGAUUUCAGAUACUAAGAGAUCUCAUACCCCAUAGUGAGCAGAAGAGAGAUACGGCAUCAUUUUUGUUGGAGGUCAUCGAGUAUGUCCAAUAUUUACAGGAAAAGGUUCAAAAGUAUGAGGGAUCAUAUCAAGGGUGGCGUAUGGAGCCUACUAAGCUGAUGCCAUGGAGAAACAGUCACUGGCACGUUCAGAGUCUUGUUGGACCUACUCAAGCUGUAAAGAAUGAUUCUAGUCCCACAUCAACAUUUCCUGGGCGGUUUGAUGAGAAUAAUAUCACUUGUUCCGUAGCAAUGCAUCCAAUCUCAUGGAAUUGGACUGAAUCUGACUCUAGUAGGGAUCCCUCCGGACAAAUAGACGAUCAGCAAUCUAAAUUAGCAAACAAGGCUAUAGCCUUGCCCAUUCCUUUGCACACAAAUGUUUCUUCUUCUGGCCCAGGUGAUGAUAUCGUUCCCCAUCCUAUUCACAGACCAAUUUCUGAUCCACAAUCGACUGAAUGCCCAAUCACAAGUGGUGCAUUAACUGAACAAGAGGAUUUGAUUGUUGAAGGGGGGAGUAUUAGCUUAACAAGCGUCUACUCUCAAGGGUUACUGAAUAAUCUGACACAAGCGCUGCAGUGUGCGGGUGUUGAUCUGUCGCAGUCCACCAUCUCUGUUCAAAUUGAUUUAGGAAAGCGAGCAAAUAGAAGAUUGACUUCUGGUGCUGUUGUAUCCAAUACCAAGGUAAAAACAUUUCAUUUCAUUCCCAGAAAUCCCAGCUCUAGUCGGACCGCACAUCAAAUUGCAGAAUACUUUAUUGAACUAUUAAGAAGAAAAACUAAUCUCAAAUGUUUUUGACGAUGUGAUUUCUAAUCAUCGUUAACAGGGUUCAGGUUUAUUUUCCUGUCUUCCAUGCUCUUCUUAUUCUGUUAUCUGUACACUUCUCUUUGUUUUGAGAAGAUAGUGCACAAAAAGAAAACAUAUUUUCAACUGAUGCAGAUUGUAAUACAUUGUUCAAAACGCGAUGUCUUUUAUUUUUUCUCUUUUUUGUCAAAAAUUUUCUGGAGUUGAAGAACUACUGCUCUGCAAAUUUGAUCAUCCAAGUUGUUGAUCAUAAUCAUAAAAUGUCUCUGAUGCUCUUUAUAUUCCAACCCUUCUCUAUUGGAAUGUGGAUUUGUUUCCUAGACGUUCUCUUUUGAGUAUUUUACUCUCCGCAUGUAAAUGUCUAUUAAGGUGGAUGAAGCUUAAUAAGAACCUUCUAUAUCAGGGUCAAAACUGGUUUCGAAACAGAAAACUUCUCACUUGUUUUUUUGAUAAAUAUAUUAUUGAAGAGCAUCGUACUUUUACAUGUUGAGUAAAGGUACAAAUGAAAGUGGAUGUACACAUAAGUUAAUUAAUAUAUACGACAUAAGAACUCUGAGACCAGAGCAACAAUCAGCAAUCACACAGGUGAUUGUUCUUUGGUUGGAGGCAAACAUUCUUGUGGGUUGGACCAGAAAUAGUCCUCUAACUUGGGUUUACCCGGAAUCACAAUUCUUUUAGUCGGGGUUCCCCAGUGACUCGCAUGAGCUUCCUUCACCAAAAGUGAAAACUUUUCCCAAUUCAGUUUUCCUG